UAUUAUCCAAAUUUGUCUUAUCUAGGGUGAUUGUGCAAGUUGUUGGAGUUGUGGAUCUUACAAUUUUGGACUGGUUGAGGUCUCUAUAAAGUGGAAAGUUCACCCAAAACAACCAGUUGAGAGUUUUAAGAAAGCCUUAUAAAAUUAUAAAGAAGGGACUGAAGAGAAAAACAAAAAAGAUAGAGAUAAAGGGAUUCUUAUCAAUUCCAGUAAGUUCUCAAAGCCACCAACUCAUGGCUUUCGCAGCCACUUGAGCAUACAUUUAAACCAUACAAGGUUUGAAAAAUGAAGGGGUCAAAUAAUCAACAUACAUCGAAUUCUGGUUCAAAGCCUUUUCAUCUCCAGCUUGCUCGUUUCCUAAUCUAUUUCCUCCUUUUAGCCUUUGGUGUAACCAUUGGAAUCAUCAUCAGUUUCUAUCUUAAAAGCUGCAGCUUUAGUCUACAGUUCAAUCAAUUCUCACGCUCUUCAUCAGAAAAUGCGCCACCACCAAUGCUCCCACUGCCAAAUGAAAAACCAAAAGAAGUAUCCGAUUCUAACCUCACGAGUCAAGUGGGGUUGAAGGAGUAUAUUAAGCCUUCAAAUGUUGUGCAUGAUAUGAGUGAUGAAGAACUGUUGUGGAGAGCUUCAAUGACCCCUAAGAUCCGUGAAUACCCUUUUGAUCGAGUCCCCAAGGUGGCUUUCAUGUUCUUGGUGAGGGGUCCUGUGCCUUUGGCUCCCUUUUGGGAAAUGUUCUUUGCAGGGCAUGAAGGGUACUACUCCAUCUACGUGCAUUCGAAUCCUUCUUAUGAUGGAUCAGACCCUGAGAGUUCAGUGUUUCAUGGCAGGAGAAUUCCUAGUAAGAUAGUGGAAUGGGGGAAAUUCAACAUGAUUGAGGCAGAGCGUCGGCUUCUGGGCAACGCGCUUCUUGAUUUGUCAAACCAACGCUUUGUUCUCAUAUCAGAAUCAUGCAUCCCUUUGUUCAACUUCUCAACAAUCUACACUUAUCUUAUUCACUCCACCCAAAGCUAUGUAAUGGCUUAUGACGAGGAUACUCCUGUUGGACGUGGACGUUACAACGUCCACAUGUCCCCAAUGAUCACUCUCGAACAAUGGAGAAAAGGGUCUCAGUGGUUUGAAAUGGACAGAGACCUUGCUCUAGAAGUUGUGUCAGACAAAACCUACUUCCCAGUGUUUCAAGAGUACUGCAAAUUUUCAUGUUAUGCUGAUGAACACUACUUGCCCACGUUUGUUAGCAUCAUGUUUUGGGAGAAGAAUUCGAAUAGAAGUUUGACUUGGGUUGACUGGUCAAAGGGAGGGCUACACCCAGCUAAGUAUGUGAGACCAGAGGUUACUGUCGACUUCUUGGAGAAUUUACGGAACCAAAUGUGUGACUAUAAUGGAAAUCAAAAAAAUGUUUGUUUUCUUUUUGCGAGGAAAUUCUUACCCACUUCCUUGACGAGGCUCAUCAGGUUCGCUCCACGGGUCAUGCACUUUUAAUGUUACAUCUUAUUGCUAUUUGCACCGAAGCAAAAAAAUGUUGAUGUCACUAAACUACUAUUCAAUUCGUUAUUUUCAUUUUGAAAGUGUUUUGGACUUUUCGGUAUAUAUACACUCGUUCU